AUGUCAAAUAAUACAACGACAACGGACCCAACCUACCAACCUGGAGAUAUUGUAUUUGUACUAAUAUCAACGACUUUAGUAUGGAUUAUGAUACCGGGUCUUGGUUACUUUUAUAGUGGAAUGGCACGCAGUAAAAAUGCAUUAUCAUUAAUUUUACUAUGUUGCGCAAGUGUCGCUGUUGUAUCAAUACAGUGGUGGGUAUUUGGAUAUAGUUUAGCAUUCAGUAAAACUGGUGGGAAAUUUAUCGGAAACUUGGACAAUGCAUUCUUCAUUGGAGUUGGAAACGAUCCUUCAUUCGCUAGUGAAAGCAUACCGGACUCAGCAUAUGCAAUUUUUCAAUGUAUGUUCGCAGCAAUUACUCCAGCAUUAGCUAUCGGUGCAGCAGCUGAACGGGGUCGAACAUUGCCAACACUUGUAUUCGUAUUUAUAUGGUCAACUUUAAUCUAUGAUCCAAUUGCUUGUUGGGUUUGGGGUAAAAACGGUUGGUCAAAGAAUCUAGGUGCACUCGAUUUCGCGGGAGGUACCCCAAUCGAAACAGCAUCAGGCGCUGCAGCUCUCGCUUAUUGUCUUGUUCUUGGUAAAAGAGCAGGUCACGGCGUUGAUGAUUUCAAACCACAUAAUAUCGCAAAUGUCAUUCUUGGUGCUGUCCUAUUAUGGUUUGGUUGGUUUGGAUUCAAUGGUGGUUCCGCAUUGGCUGGUAACGCUCGAGCAAUAAAUGCAUUUAUUGUGACAAAUUUAGCUGCUUCUGCAGGUGGCAUCACUUGGAUGGUAGUUGAUUAUCGAAUUGAACAUAAGUGGUCAGCGCUUAGUUUUUGUUUGGGUGCUGUUGCUGGAAUGGUCUGUAUAACACCUGGUUGUGGAUAUGUCGGAUCACCAGCCUCUAUUUUAUUUGGAGUUGCAGGUGGAACAAUAUGCAAUUUUGCAAUAAAACUGAAAGAUAUUUUCGAUUUUGAUGACGCUUUGGAUGUUUGGGCUGUCCAUGGAGUUGGUGGCAUAAUAGGAAAUAUUCUCACCGCGAUAUUUGCUCAGCGAAGUAUUGCAAUGCUUGGUGGCGAAGACAUUGCUGGUGGAUGGCUUGACAGACAUUGGAUUCAAUUAGGAUAUAACUUAGCGCCAACGAUAGCAGGUUGUGGAUACUCGUUUUUUGGUACAUAUCUUAUUCUGUACAUAAUGGACAAAUUUCCGGGAUUGUCACUUCGAGCAGAUCCUGAAGCUGAAGCUAAAGGAUUGGAUGAAUCCGAAUUGGGUGAAUUGGCAUAUUAUCAUGUGGAUAGAUUGAUUACUGUAAAUACGAGAACCGGCGAAACAAAGACAAUUAAAGAAGAAACUCUUCAUCAAACGAAUGAUACAAAUCCAGCUAUUGUGUAG